AUGCCUCCGGAUAGCUGGCUUGGCAUACUGGAGCCAUCGCUAAGACGCAGAUUACAAAACCGACUUAACCAGCGUGCGCGACGGCGCCGUAUUCGAGAGUCUCGGUCAGGCAGCAGCGCUGAUGAACAACCGCCAACGCUUGCCGUUCGACCGGCCGAUCUCGUGCAGUUACUCCUGGGCAUAACACAGGACUUGCCCAUUCUAGGUCCAGACUCCCGAAACACUGCGCAGAAGCUGCAGCAACUGGAGAUGGCAGCCGUGGCUCUGGCUUCUGCUGCUUGUGGCUCUCCGGUUGAAAGCCUGCGCCUUGGAGUCACGCGGCUCAAUAUGCUGCGAGUGAUGCAUACCAACCUCACGGUUCUAGGCUAUGGCGAGCAAGACACGCAUGACGAUGCUCCAUCGGUAUUCACACUACAAGGGCCUGCUUCUCCAUCGAGUCAAGCCUACCCACAGAGGCAGCUCCCACCAGCACUGAAGCCAACGGCCAUUCAGCGCCGCGUGCCGCAUCAUCCAUGGCUGGACCUGUUUCCUUUCCCAAACCUGCGAGACGCCCUAAUUCUUGCGCAGGACUGCAUUGAUGAGGAUCAACUGUGCCAGAAUAUGUGCGGUCGUGGUCUGGAGACGACGGGGAUUUUGGUGUGGACGGAGCCGUGGGAUCCCACAGGGUGGGAGGUCACCGAGGCCUUUCUGUCGGUAUGGGCUUGGACGGUUCGUGAUUGCCAUGACCUCCUCCGUUCAACCAAUCUGUGGAGAUCCCGCCGUGGAGAGAAACGUCUGCACUUUCCAGGGGCGGAAGGUAGCAACUGA